UAUCGUCCUCGCGUCGGCGAGCGACUUGGUGGAAAGGCAGACCUCUGAUGCGCAGUUUGGUUUUGAGGCUCCUGAAAACGUUCGAGUUGGCGAGCCAUUCCGAGUCAAAUUCUGCACUGGCACCUACUUCAAGACAUCCACGAAGAAGAUAUUCUUCACUUGGGGUCAAUCCAAUACUUCGGUGGCUUACCAUGUCAUUCUCGAAGAGCUAGAACCCAACUUGAAUAGCGGGUACUUGUUCAACACGACCGUGUUCUAUACCAACAACAAGUUGGAAGGUCCAUACUAUUUCGGUGUGCUAGAGGAGAUUAACGAUUACUACGUGUAUAACCUAAAUGGACCUUUCUUUGAUACCACGAACAUAGAACUACAAAUGGGUCUUUCUAUAAGGUCGCCGAAUAUCAGAGAAAAUCCCAAGGAUAACUAUAUAACAAGGAUUGUGCCAUUUGAUCACAGUGCGACCACAUCGCUUGUGGUGGUCGGCGUUGAAUGGGGCAGUCGAGAGCGCCUCGAACUUUUAGACUCGAAAAGUCGCCGACCAAUGAGGAAUUGGUUAUUUCGACACGGACUUGCCCGGAGUCCAUUCGAGGUCGAUGGGUGUUCGAUCUGGUCUAGAUUGGCGAGGCCGAUUACGGUACCGCUGCCCUCUCCUCGCUUCAACCCAACACCGCCGG